AUGGAGCCAAGGAGCAAUUUUGAAGAUUUGAUAACUUUCAUCAAGAGUUCUCAUAGAGAGCACACAGCCUUGAUUGAUGAGAGAUUGGAAAGGGUGCUACCAGGAAAAGUGGAAAUCAAUCCAAGGAGAGCAGCUGUAGCAGCUAUCACUCUUAGGAAUGGAAAAGGGUAUGAGCCACCAGCAUACCCAGAUCAAGAGGAAGCAAAGCCGCCAAUCAAGAAGAAACCAAUGGAGUAUGUUAUUAUUGGAGAUGGGACUGAACCACCUAAGGAAGUCCAUGUCAGAAUAGAACCAGGAACUCAGGAGGAAGUGGAGAAGCCACCUGAAGAACCAAGAGUGUAUGAGCCAAAGAUCCCAUACAGAAAUGUUCUUUCUCAGCCCAAGAAAGGAGAAGGAGCAAGCAAAGCUCAAGGAUCUUGUUAG